CAACUGUCUUCAGCUCCUGCAGUCCUCGGAAUCCUAAAGGAGUAAACUUCGAGGAACACUGGUCCCCAACGGUCCCCCCGAUCAACAUACGCCGGUCCAUCCGUCACAGGAAAGACAAACGAACUGACAUAAAUCCUUAGUCCACAGAUUGAUCACCCGAUUGACGGGACGUCGGGGUCAGGUGGUUACUUUCAGGUGGUCACGCCGAUAUCGUGGGUUAAAAUAAAAUGGUGGUUUCCAGGUCAUGAAUUCGUCCUUCACGAGCUCAUAAAGCAACGAGCAAUUGAAUGUAGCGCGUAAAAGCCAAUACCUUGCAACAUCGCGCGUCAUCGUCCGCCACAGCUGGCACUAAACUGAAGUCUUGUCAGUACAGAUAUGCUAGGUAAAUGCCACGCUGCUAAAAAAACUCUCUUGCGAACAAGUAAGACUAUUCAAGACGUAGCUGAAAGUUGCCAGGUCUACUCGAGCGAUACCGGUCAAACGCCGCUCAGAAGAACUCCGCUGCAAUUCGAAGUUAGCAAAUGUCACCGCUGUGGCCUUCUCGACGGGCCGAAUAAAACUCCCGUAAAUUCUACCCAGGACUUGUUGACUGUUUCAGAAGUUGGGCGGAGUCUCGGCUAUCUUGUUCACGUGAAAUCAGCUGUUGAUGCGGUAGUCGAGGGCACGCGCCUAAUUGCUGUUUCACGGCUUAGCUUGCACUUCGAAAGAGCAGUGGCAAGGUAUUUUGGCAAGAGCUGGAACACCUUGUUUGAAGAGCUCUUGAUGUGUCAUGAUCGCAGUAAUGAUCCUAUCAUACCAACGGAUUCGAGUGCCUCCGCAUUUCUGUGCGAUCGACUCGCCUCGCGUUUUGUGCCAUCUCAAGAGAUCAACGGUAUAUUAUUUGACUUGCUCAUUGAAAUAAGCGCAGCGCGGCAUACUAUUUCAAAAGUAGCGUUGUCAAGAACCGCUUAUUUAGCUACCCCAAGUCCUAAUGUCUUCAGGUCGACCACUGGAAAAAGCAUUAAGCUGACACUUCACGAUGCCGAAGUUGAGAUAAACGAACAGCAAUACGAAAAACUUCGAUGGCUGUAUGAAAGUGACAUACAAGCAACGCAAUUCGGCGGCACAUGUGCAAAGCCAUCCUUGGCCAACACAUUUUGUGAGAGUGGAAUCACUUUCCACUCUGCUGUUUUUGCGAUGCUUUGUCGAUACGCCUCUGCACAUGGUGGUAUGCAUUGCAUGGCAGGAGGACAUCACAACGCGCUUCAUGGUGACGUUUUUGAUGCACUUAACAUUGGACUUGGAGUUCAUGCUGAGUGCUGUGCGUCUCCACUUAAUUGUCACUGGCGUCUAUACUGCAGUGGCCAUCCUGAUACCGAUUUGACAUUUGGCUCAUUAGGUUCAGUUUUUUCAUUUGACCCGGUUGAUGGCUAUUUCGAGUGCAACCCUCCCUUCGAAGAAUCUGUAUUGCUCGAUUGCAUCAAACACAUAGACUCUUUGCUAGAUGUGGCAGAAGUUGCUGGGAAAUCCUUGUCAUGCGUUUUUAUUGUACCGCAUUGGCCAGGUCGUAGAGCCUGGGAGACGCUCUUUCGCAGUGUUCAUAAGUCGCACACAGAGGUGAUACCUCUUCGCGAGCAUGGAUUCCUUGAGGUAUUGACUGGACCUUUUUCUGCAACGUUUUCUUACAACUUUCAUUCUUGCUUUCUUUCGAAGCUCAAGACCUUUGUUUCACAUUUGAUCGAAACACAUCUCACGAAAUUUUUAUGCAGGGGACACAGAAAAAAAAUCAAACCCUAUACAGAAUGUCAUCGUGCAACUCCUCUGUGUUUUUUCUGCAGACAACAGCAAGCAAGUGCACACAUAGAAUAACACCCCAUUUGAUUACCGGCUUGAGAGAAGCAUUAAUGCCAUCUAGUCCGAACAAGCAUUGCCCUGCUUAAUUUUAUGCAGGGGUCUUCACUGAAUUUGAAGCUGGCGACUACAUCCAAAGUCUUGGUCUGUAGACAUUCCAGCCGGCAGCAGCAACGAAGUCAGUCUCGAUAAAGGGCGAGAUUAAGGUGAAGGUAACGCAAGUCACUUUCUUUUUGAAGUUGUUGAGACUCAUUUCGAGUAGCACGAGCUCAGCGAACAGAGAAUUUAACACGUCCUAUCAUUCUGUACUCAUAUUUAGUACUUUUCGGAACUCAGUACUACCUUUGAAGGCAGUUUGAAGGUAGCGUGUAGGAGCUGGUUCCAAAUUUGGAGGAGGUCCCUUCUAGCUAAGGUGUACUAAGGUGUACUGAUAUUUUCUGCAGAACAACUCACCUAAAGAACACGCGCGUGGGAAUUACCAACAAUGUUUGCCGAUUCGUCCACCUGCUCGAUGUGAACUUAAGAGCACUACAAACAGUCGCGCGCUCCGCGAUAUGAAAAAGGUGACCUGUGAUGGAGGAUGUAUUUCUGACAAGGUUUUAAAAUAUAUCGAACCGUCUGGUGUCUUGUAUCAAAAAAAACAUGAAGUGAGAGAAAAUUUGCCGAACAGUGGACAGUUUUCCCGCCUUGCUGCUGAAGUGAAAGAAGACUUAUACUAGACAACACGGUAGACAAUGAAAUGUAAAUGAAUAUCUCCUCAAAU